AUGUCUGCAAAGCUGAGCAAGUCAUCACUUCUACCACAAACUGCAGAGGAGUCUGACAGCAUUCUGAUAGUGAAGAUGGAAGAGGAAGAGCAGGCCUGUGAUCUGGACUCCAGCCUCCCCUGGAGCACCUCCUGCAGCCCAGAGACCUUCCGCCAGCGUUUCAGGCGGUUUGGCUGCUCUGAUUCCGCAGGGCCCCGGGAGGCCCUGAGCCGGCUCCGGGAGCUUUGCCAUCAGUGGCUGAGGCCGGAGGUGAACUCCAAGGAGCAGAUCCUGGAGCUGCUGGUGCUGGAGCAGUUUCUGAGCAUCCUGCCUGAGGAGCUGCAGAUUUGGGUUCAGCAACAUAGUCCAAAAAGCGGCGAGGAGGCUGUGACCCUGUUGGAGGAGCUGGAGAAAGAACUUGAUGAGCCAGCUGAGCAGGUCUGUUUUGGACAAAAUAAGGACAUGCCUGCAGAGAAGCUGACAGCCGGGGAAAUUACUCAGGAGCCCCCACGUAGCCAGAUCAAGCCCGGAAAGCAGCCGCUGCCAUGGGUGUCCCCGGAGUUUCGCUCAAGGCAAAAAGCUAAAGACACGAAAACUAUAAAUGUGAAUUCAGCUUUGACACAAAAGACUUCUCCAGGCAUGGAGCUGCAUUACACCGUUUCUAACACCCUUCCUGUGGAUGCUUCCCAGAGUUGCACAUAUAGAAGAGGCAGUGAACAAGAUGGCAAGUUUGAAAGAAGACAGAGAAACCCUUUUGGAAAAAAACAACACAAGUGUGAUGAAUGUGGCAAAGUCUUCAGUCAGAGCUCAGCCCUUAUCCUCCAUCAGAGAAUCCACAGUGGGGAGAAACCUUACGCAUGUGACGUGUGCGCAAAGGCUUUCAGCCGGAGUGCCGUCCUGAUUCAGCAUCGAAGAACGCAUACAGACUCAAAAUAUGAGAAUAGGAUUGAGGAGGCCCAAAAGAAUGUGUACUUCAGACCAAGGCUGAAAUGUCCAGAGUCAAUUGUUAGGGGGUAG